UGACAUGCCACAGUUAACUGUGGGAAAUGGGACUAGAUGGUCUUUAAGGUCAACAUGGAUUUGUGGUUCUUUCUCCUCUUGCUCGGAAGUGGCCUGAUAAGUGUAGGUGCUAACAACGUCACAACAGGGCCACCCACAACAGUGCCCACCUCCCCCAGGAGCUCCACCAAAGCUCCUACAGCAGGUCCUGAGGAUGGGACUACGACGAGCUCCAGCAGGCUCAACGUGAGCACUCCGGGGACUGUUUCUACCGUGGCGUCGAAGCCACUUCCAACCACGGCUGCCAGGACCUCCCCCAACGCCACCACCGGCAGCCUCAACGCCUCCUCCACCCUGAGGACCACCGUGCCUGUGCCUCCAGCCACCUCCCUGCUCCCCAGCGCGGCUCCCUCUGCCCCACACACCGCUGUCCCCAGCACGGAAGCGGAGACGACGGAGAGGAAUUCCAGUAUGGUGGUGACAACACAGGAGACCUCUUCUGCCUCCCACAACGGUAACUCUGACAGAAGAGAUGAGACUCCAAUUAUAGCUGUGAUGGUGGCCCUGUCUUCCCUUCUAGUCAUAGUAUUUAUUAUUAUUGUGCUGUACAUGUUGAGGUUCAAGAAAUACAAGCAGGCAGGGAGUCACUCCAACUCCUUUCGGUUGUCCAACGGCCGGACGGAUGAUACAGAGCCCCAGAGCAUGCCACUGCUCGCCCGCUCCCCCAGCACCAACCGCAAGUAUCCCCCCCUGCCCGUGGACAAGCUGGAGGAGGAGAUCAACCGCCGCAUGGCCGAUGACAACAAGCUCUUUCGGGAGGAGUUCAACGCUCUCCCAGCGUGUCCCAUACAGGCCACAUGUGAAGCUGCUUCCAAGGAGGAGAACAAGGAGAAGAACAGAUACGUGAACAUUCUGCCCUAUGAUCAUUCCAGGGUCCACCUGACUCCUGUUGAAGGGGUUCCUGACUCCGACUACAUCAACGCCUCCUUCAUUAAUGGGUACCAAGAGAAAAACAAGUUCAUUGCUGCACAAGGACCAAAGGAAGAAACAGUGAACGAUUUCUGGAGGAUGAUUUGGGAGCAAAACACAGCGACCAUUGUCAUGGUGACCAACCUGAAGGAGAGGAAAGAGUGUAAGUGUGCCCAGUACUGGCCGGAUCAGGGCUGCUGGACAUACGGGAACAUCCGAGUGUCCGUGGAGGACGUGACUGUCCUGGUGGAUUACACCGUGCGGAAGUUCUGCAUCCAGCAGGUCGGGGACGUCACGAACAAGAAGCCCCAGCGCCUGGUGACUCAGUUCCACUUCACCAGCUGGCCCGACUUCGGGGUGCCCUUCACCCCCAUCGGGAUGCUGAAAUUCCUGAAGAAGGUGAAGACCUGCAACCCCCAGUAUGCAGGAGCCAUAGUGGUGCACUGCAGUGCCGGGGUGGGACGCACGGGCACUUUCAUCGUCAUCGAUGCCAUGCUGGACAUGAUGCACGCCGAGAGGAAGGUGGAUGUUUACGGCUUCGUGAGCCGGAUCCGGGCUCAGCGCUGCCAGAUGGUACAGACAGAUGUAAGUGUGGUGCUGCCAUCCCUGCUGGGCUCUGCCCUGGGCUUGGAUUUCCCUCACGUGGCCAAAGCCUGGGGCAUGGCAGAGGGUGGAGCUGACUGUCCUUGUCCCAGUCAGGUGCUGAGUUCCCCAAAUCUCAUGUCAUUUUGUUCUGUUUCAGAUGAGUUCAACCGAGUAAUCAUUCCAGUGAAGAGAGGUGAAGAGAACACGGAUUACGUAAACGCUUCCUUCAUUGAUGGUUAUCGCCAGAAGGAUUCCUACAUCGCCAGCCAAGGGCCGCUGCAGCACACGAUAGAGGACUUCUGGAGGAUGAUCUGGGAGUGGAAAUCCUGCUCCAUAGUGAUGCUAACGGAGCUGGAGGAGAGAGGCCAGGAGAAGUGUGCCCAGUACUGGCCGUCCGACGGCUCCGUGUCCUACGGAGACAUCACUGUGGAGCUGAAGAAAGAGGAGGAGUGCGAGAGCUACACGGUGCGGGACCUGCUGGUGACAAACACCAGGGAAAACAAGAGCCGGCAGAUCCGGCAGUUCCAUUUCCACGGCUGGCCAGAAGUCGGGAUCCCCGGGGACGGGAAGGGGAUGAUCAACAUCAUCGCGGCGGUGCAGAAGCAGCAGCAGCAGUCUGGCAACCACCCCAUCACUGUGCACUGCAGUGCUGGAGCAGGAAGAACGGGCACCUUCUGUGCGCUGAGCACCGUCCUGGAGAGGGUGAAGGCAGAGGCGAUCCUGGACGUCUUUCAGACAGUGAAGAGUUUAAGACUACAGAGGCCACACAUGGUGCAGACACUGGAACAGUACGAAUUCUGCUACAAGGUGGUGCAGGAAUACAUCGACGCCUUCUCAGACUACGCCAACUUCAAGUGAAGACAAAAAAAAAAAAAACCAACCAGGAACAAAAAAUCCACACCCC